AUGAACACCCCGUCCCGUCUCGCCUGUCGCCGCUGUCGCGUCCGUAAGCAGCGAGCCCAGGCCACCUGCGUGCCGAGCCAGCGGUCCUCCCGCAAGAGCAGCGUCAAUCCCGAGUACGCCCGCGCCCUGGAGGAGCGCAUCCAGGAGCUGGAAGCCCGGCAGGGGUCUGAUCCGGUCAUUGAGACGAUACACUCGUCUCCCCCAGCCCCGUUCCCGAGGACUCCCUCUCUCGGGAUCCUCCCAUCCCUUCCUCUGCCGUCCCCGGAUGCCUCCUCCGGGGGCGACGUGCCCGACAUCCCCCCCCACACCCAGGAUCAUCUGGUCCAGAUCUUUCUCCAGCGGGUCAAUCCCCGAUACCCCUUCCUGCACGAGGAGACCUUCGUCGCCUGGUACGGCGCGUGGAAGGCAUCCCGCGCGGAGGGGGUGCCCUUGCCGGCCGGAGACCGAUGGAAGGCAUUUUUCGUCAAGAUGGCCUUUGCCGUCAGUCUUCUCAUCGCCCCCCGGGUCUCGCCGGAUGAUAUGAAGACCUCCCAGGUAGGAGCGCGCUUCGAGACGCGUUGGAACCCCGGCUCACGCUCGCAGGCCCUGUAUGCGUCGUCUCUGUCGUCCCUGGACACCGUCUUCGCCUGCCUGGAUCCCGUCCGCCAUGCCCAGGCAUACCUCCUGUGCACUCUGCACGCGCUGCACUCGCCCUCCUCCCAGACCGUCCUGACCAUGAUCUCCGCCGCCAUGCGCUGCUGCGUCAUCGCACAGUUGCACCGCGCCAUGCCCGAACGCACCGCCUGCUCCCUCCUGGAGAUGCAGAUUCGCCGUCGGGUCUUCUGGUCCGCCUAUGCCAUCGAUCGUUUGGUCAGCUGGGUCUACCAUGUUCCCUGUAGUCUGGUGGAUGACGAUAUUCAAGUCGAGCCAUUCGCCAACAUGAACGACGAGGAACUGACGGCCUGGACGACACGGAGCGAUCGCUUCGAACCGGACGCAUCGACGCCGCGACGGACCCAAGUGUCCUCCGCCCUGCAUCUGAUCCGCGGGCGACGAAUCCAGUCUCGCAUCCUCCGCGUCAUGAUGCGGGCCGACUACGAUCAGCGCUUCGCCGGAUGCCACGCCUGGCGUCUCCACAUGGUGGAGGUUCUCGACCAGUGGAAGGCCCAGCUCCAGCCGCAUAGUGAUCCCCGGUCGGCGGGAUACACCAGCGAGGGGUGGGUGGGGAUGCUGUACAACUACACCAUUCUCCUCCUGUACCGACCCACCCAGGCGAACAUGUGUGACUUGGUGGCGCACCGCUGCCUGCAAGCCUGCACCGACAUCGUGUUGACGUUCUGGGGGUACCUCAAAAGCCGCCAGACAGCCCAACUGUGGCCGGGGUUGUUAAGCCAGUUUGGUAUCGGCAUCACGCUGCUGUAUUGCCUCUGGGUGACGCCCCCAUCGCACCGGUCCACGGCCUUCCCACCGCUCAAGGUGGGCACUGCCAUACGCACCUGUUCAGUGAUCCUGGCUGUCCUGUCGGAACGAUGGACUCCAGCCGAACCGCUUCGGGACAUGUUCGAUCAUUUGGCGGAUGCCAUCCCCGUCCAUUCCCCCCCUUCCGACCGUCCCCAACACCGGAGACCGAUCGGCGACGGGGAUCCGAUCCUGUCCCAAAUGCCGAGAAUCCACGCCAUCGUCGUCAACAAAGACAUCCUGCGCAUGCUGACCGAGAUGAUCACGGAGGAAUGUCCCUGGGAAACCGAUCGGGUCACCCAUCUGUCGGGAUGGUCGGAGGACGACCGACACGACCCUUCCGAGUGCUCGCUGUGUUGGGGCCACCCGUCGGCCGUGGGGAAUCUCCCCUCGGAAGCCUUGUUGUCGGGAGAUCUGUGGCCAGCGUUUGAUCCCAGCCCAGGGAGCCAGUCGUGGACGAUGGCGGGCGGGGAGUCCCCUUUCUUCCCGGGGUUGUUGGGAUCCAUCGAGUUCUGA